AUGACAUUCAAGGAUGUGGCUGUGGAAUUCACCCAAGAGGAGUGGCUACAGUUGAGCCCAUCUCAGAAAAAUUUGUACAGGAAUGUGAUGCUGGAGAACUACAGGAACUUGGUGUCUUUGGGACUUGCAGCUUCCAAACCAGAUGUGAUCUGCCAUUUGGAAAGAAUGGAAGCAUCUUGGAUGCCAGAGGUAGAUAUUCCCAGAAGCAGCUCUCCAGGGAUCAGAGAAUUUGCUGGAGAUAAACCUCCUGAAUGCAAUGAAUGUGGGAUGGCCUUCAGAAACAAGACAUAUUUGAUAAAGCAUCAGAAAAUUCAUACUGGAGAGAAAUCUUAUGAAUGCAGUGAAUGUGGUAAGGCCUACAGGGAUAAGACUCAACUUACAGAGCAUUACAGUGUUCAUACUGGAGAGAAACCUUACAAAUGCAGUGAAUGUGGGAAGGCCUUCAGAUAUAAGGCUGGACUUAGAGCACAUCACAGAAUUCACAGUGGAGAGAAACCUUAUGAAUGCAGUGAAUGUGGGAAGGCCUGCAGGUAUAAGACUCAACUUACAACCCAUUACAGAAUUCAUACAGGAGAGAAACCUUACAAAUGCAGUGAAUGUGGGAAGGCCUUCAGAAUUAAGAUUGACCUUACAAGGCAUCACAGAAUUCAUAGUGGAGAGAAACCUUAUGAAUGCAGUGAAUGUGGAAAGGCCUUCAGAUUUCAGAGUGGACUUACAGAGCAUUACCGAAUUCACACUGAACAGAAACCUUAUGAAUGCAGUGAAUGUGGAAAGGCCUUCAGGGAUAAGAGUCAACUUACAGAGCAUUACAAAAUUCACACAGGAGAGAAACCUCAUGAAUGUAAUGAAUGUGGGAAGGCCUUCAGAAAUAAGACUCAACUUACAAAGCAUCACAAAACUCAUAGUGGAAAGAAACCUUAUGAAUGCAGUGAAUGUGGAAAGGCCUUCAGUUGUAAGUCUAAACUUACAGUGCAUUACCGAUCUCACACUGGAGAGAAACCUUAUGAAUGUCAUGAAUGUGGAAGGGCCUUCAGAUAUAAGGCAAGUUUUAUAGUUCAUCAAAGAAUUCAUACUGGAGAGAAACCUUAUGAAUGUAGUGAAUGUGGGGAGUCCUUCAGAAGAAAGUCACACCUUACUGUCCAUCAGAGAAUUCAUUCAGGAAAGAAACCUUAA